AUGGAGCUCGAGAUGGCCAAGUACAAUAGCUACUCGAACACCAUCAUCUGGAGUUUGAUCUGUUCGGGUCUUUGGCCGAAAGGUCAUUACGUUCUCAAAAAGAUCCUGUCUUGCAUCAGUUUCUUAUCGAUAACGACGAUAAUGACGACCGCCAUAAACUUUAGCUUCCAGAAUGCUCGUAACGUUCAACUGAUGACCAAAGGUAUGGGGACGGCAGUAAGCUUCUCUUCGGUAUUUUCGAAGAUCGUCAUGGUCCUGUACCAUCAGAACGAUUUCAUCUACCUCAAGAAGCACCUUACAACAAGAUUCAAACGUGACCUAGAGCAAACGGAAAACAGACAAGAUUUACUCUUCAACGUGCACAUCUUUACCAAAUUCGUGAACACGCACGAGGCUUCGAUGGCUUUCGCCAUGUUUAUGUACUGUAUCGGGCCGAUACUUGCACUGUACAGACACGGCAAAUACGUUCGUACUUUUCCAUGUCUCUAUCCGUUUCACUACGAGCCUGGUGACGUGGUGCACUGGGUGAUCUACGGAUUGGAGGUGACCGGAGCGACGGUCAUCUGGUUCAUCACCAUAGGCGUCGAUUGCGGAUUCUGUAUGUACGCGUUGGAGCUCUGCGGCGAGUUCAAAGUCCUCGGCCGGAAAUUCAGAGAGCUGAGAGUCGCCGAUGAUUACAAGGAGAAAUUGCGAGAUUGCAUAGAGAGACACCACUUGAUCAUCAACGCGAAAAAUAGAUUGGAAGAUGCGUUCGGGAUCAUGGCAAUUUGGCUGGCACUUUCUGGAGCAUUCUUGCUGUGCUCUCUUAUUUUUCAAAUCACAGAGAUAUUGGAAAAUCACGGCAGCUAUUUGAAAAUAGCUCAUCUGUGCUCGCACCUUUUAGCCAAGUACUUGCAAAUUUUCAUGUACGCCUGGUACGGUAAUCUGAUAGCCGACGAAAGCCAAUCAUUUCUGUAUUCGAUGUACAGUUCACACUGGAUAGACGCUUGUGACAAACGUUUCAAGAGUGACAUCUUAAUAGUUUUAGUGCAAGAGCCACUGAUGCUCGUGGCUAAGGGUUGCAUGAACAUUCAGUUGGAUAUGUUUCUUAAAAUCGUCAAAACUGCAAUGUCAUACUUCUUUCUUCUACAAACGAUAAGCUCAGAAGAAUAG